AUGAUUGUUCUAGAAUGGAUGUUCCUCACAAUUGCUCCUUGUGAUGCAGCGAAAAGAUCCAACCUCUAUUGCCGAGAUUACGGAUGUCGAAAAAAUGACUCACAAGAUAUGGAAAUCAUGGAAGAUAGACAAGUUGAACUGGAGUACACCAUGGACCUCUCAAAUGAUGGAAAUAAAGCUUCUAAAUCUGAUGAUAAAAUCAUUAGAGAAAAGAGCAAUCAUGGGAAGUACAAUGAAGCUAUUGAGCUCUCUAAUCAAUAUAGAGUUGAUUAUACAAGGUACUUAAAGCUCCAGGACUCUAUCCUUAGACAAAAUGCUAGAGUCAAAUGGAUCCAAGAAGACGAUGUCAACAUAGCCUACUUUCAUGCCAUCAUCAAAGGCAGAAGAAGAAGGCUAUCCAUUAAGAAAAUCAUGGAUGAGCAGGAUCAAUGGAUUGAGGGUAAUGAUGCUAUAGUUAAAGCUGCAGUGAGGUAUUAUCAGAAGAUCUUCACCCCAGAAAAUCAAAGCUCAGACUUUGAUGUUCUCAAUUGUCUUGAAAGAUGCAUAAAUGAAGAAGACAAUGAUCUUCUAACAACAACUCCUACUAUGCAAGAAGUGAAAGAUUGUGUAAUUUUCAUAGACCCAGACAGUGCACCUGGCCCUGAUGGACUUAGUAUAUAUUUCUAUCAGAAAUCUUGGCAUAUUAUUGCUCAUGAUCUAUACAAGGCUAUGGUAUCUUUCUUUUGUGGUGCUACCCUCCCUAAGUACUUCACUCACACAUGUAUUUAA